UUGUAUGGUGUGGAGAUGACAUCUUUUGUGGGUGGUCUCUCCGCUCACAGGGUCCAGAGUUCGAUUCCCGAGAUGUGGACCGUUAGAGCAUUGGUGGUAUUCUGCUUGAUCGCCUCAGUAUGGGGUGACGAAGACCGCAGCGCUUUCGCCAGCGCGCAAGCGUCCGCGCUUGCGCAGGCGGGCGGUGGUGGAGGUUACUUCCCUAACCCCAUUUACUCCAACUGCAACCGCGAAGGAGACAUGUUCUCAGUCCCCAGCCUGGGUGGCUGUCUCGUGUGCGGAUGCUUCAGCACCCCCUACGGUUCACUUUACACCAGGUGCCGCCCCUGCAGUGAAAGCUGUGGAGGCUAUCUCCCUCCUGUUCCAGACCAAAGACUAAGGCGCCUAACAUCGCAUAUAUGGGAAAAUGCAAACUCUUAUUUUGAAGAGCCAAUUCCUGAACCGUGGCCGAUUCCGAGACCGAUACCAAUCAACCCAUGCCCACCACCGAUCGUGAUCCCACGACCAAUCCCCAUCCCGGUCCCAGUGCCAGGCAGACCCAUCCCCGUCCCCGUCCCCGUACCGGUACCAUCCCCACCCGAAAAGAUCUACGUGCCUGGUCCACCAAGGCCAUACCCUGUAGAGCGCCCUGUACCCGUACCUUUUCCAGUUAACCGACCAUACCCGGUACCAUCACCACCAAGAAUCUUGCCUGUACCACUACCCGUACCGCAACCGAUUCCAGUACCAGGACCCGAAAAGAACAUUCCAGUACCUGUUCCAGUUCCAUCCCCACCUGUGCCUAUCCCAGUUCCUGUACCAGGACCCACUAGAGAUGUACCAGUACCAGUGCCAGUACCAUCACCACCCGUACCCGUACCUUUCCCAAUACCGAUCAACAGAUACAUCCCCGUACAAGGACCUGAUCGUUUGGUACCUGUACCUGUACCUGUUACUCAAAACAAAUACUACCCCGUACCUGUGAUAAUUUAUGUGUCACCCAUGUGCCGUGGACAGGCUCCGUUAGUACCCUUCCAAAUCCCAGGCGACUAUUGUCACGUACACAUUUGCAGAAUCAAAUACAAUUAUGUAUACAUUGAAUCGCAGACCUUGCCCAACUGCAACUCCUAUACUCCAGAUUAUCCCUAUCUCUUCCCCGGAGGUUCUUCCGCAUCCGCAGCGGCUAAUGCUGCAGCCAACAGCUGGGGAGGUGGCUCAAGUGCAUCAGCGAACGCCGAAGCGAAUGCCGCCGCUUAUGGAGGCGGUGGAUAUCCAGGAUAUGGUGGCCUCGGAGGAUUAGGCGGCCUUGGCGGUAUGGGAGGUCUCGGAGGAUUAGGUGGCCUCGGAGGUUAUGGCGGUGGAUGGGCUCAAGCUAAUGCUGAAGCUAAUGCUAACGCUUAUAGCGGAGGUGGCCUAGGACCGUAUGGCGGCGGAUGGUCAAAUGCUCAAGCUAGCGCAGAGGCGGCUGCCAACGCAUACGGCGGCGGCGGCUACGGAGGACUCGGAGGAUUAGAUUUAGGAGGCUUAGGAGGAAUGGGAGGAUACGGAGGACUCGGAGGUCUUGGAGGCGGAUGGUCCAGUGCUCAAGCUCAAGCUGAUGCCUCUGCCAAUGCUUACGGCGGCGGCGGUGGUUACCUCGGUGGCCUCGGAGGUCUCGGAGGUUUAGGAGGCCUAGGCGGAUAUGGCGGCUAUUCAAGUGCUGACGCAAGUGCGAACGCAAUUGCAAAUGCAGGAGGAUACGCCGACAUGGGAGGAUUAGGAGGAUUAGGAGGACUAGGAGGACUAGGAGGUUUAGGUGGUAUGGGCGGUAUGGGAGGCUUAGGAGGCUAUGGAGGUAGUUGGGCCAAUGCCAACGCUGAAGCCAACGCAGCCAGCUCAGGAAACGGUUGGGCAAGCGCUAUCGCUGAUGCUUCUGCAAACGCUAAUGGAGGUGGUGGUCUCCUAGGAGGGCUCGGAGGACUCGGAGGAUACGGAGGACUCGGAGGGCUCGGAGGGCUCGGAGGUCUCGGUGGAUUAGGAGGAUACGGAGGUUCCUCAGCAUCGGCUGAAGCAUUAGCCAACGCUGCUGCGGGCGGUUAUGGUGGUUUGGGCGGAUGGGGCGACGCUUCCGCUCAGGCUCUCGCGCAAGCGAGCGCGUGGGGAAAGAACGCCGAGGCUGAUGAGUAAAUAAAGAUUACGAUUGAUUCCUAGUGAUCUCCACACAGAACAUGGCGCGACUUCGGACAAUGAAAACAUUUAUUAAGAGAGCAUUGUAAAAUGGCAAAACGUACGCUUCAUACUCAUAAAAUAAAUUUAGUGGGAUAUAA